AUGGACCGCGUCCUGGUCCAGCGCUUCAAGCCCGAGACCAAGACUGCUUCGGGUAUCUUCCUUCCUGAGAGCAGCGUCAAGGAGCAGAACGAGGCUCAAGUCCUCGCCGUUGGCCCCGGUGCCCUUGACAAGAACGGUCAGCGCCUUCCUAUGGGUGUUGCUCCCGGUGACCGUGUCUUAAUCCCUCAGUUUGGUGGCAGCUCCAUCAAGGUUGGUGAGGAUGAGUACACCCUCUUCCGGGACUCUGAGAUCCUCGCCAAGAUCAGGGAGUAA